UUCGUGGCACAUGUUAUCCUGAGUUCUUAUCUCCAAAUUCACUCCUGAUUAAUUGGAACAGAUUAAAUGGGAAAGAGCAACAAUGUGACAGAGUUUAUCCUGCUGGGUCUUACACAGGAUCCUGCUGGGAGAAAGGCAUUGUUUGUCAUGUUUUUACUCAUUUACAUUGUGACCAUGGUGGGAAACCUACUCAUUGUGGAGACAGUGAUUUCCAGCCCCUCCUUGGACUCCCCAAUGUACUUCUUCCUUGCCUCUCUGUCUCUCAUGGAUGCUGUUUACUCGACUGCCUUCUCACCCAAGUUGAUUAUGGACUUACUCUGCAAUAGAAGAACAAUUUCCGUUUCAGCUUGCAUUGGCCAGCUCUUUGUAGAGCACUUAUUUGGUGGUGCUGAGGUCUUCCUUUUGGUCUUCAUGGCCUACGAUCGCUAUGUGGCUAUCUGUAAACCCCUGCAUUAUAUGACCAUCAUGAAUCGUCAGGUUUGCAUUCUCCUAUUGGUGGCAGCCUGUGCUGGAGGUUUUGGUCACUCUUUGGUUCAAGUCAUCGUUGUUUGCUACCUCCCUUUUUGUGGUCCAAAUACCAUUGAUCACUUUAUCUGUGACAUGUACCCAUUACUGGGCUUAGCAUGUACUGACACUUACUUAAUUGGGCUCACUGUGGUUGCCAAUGGUGGAGCAAUUUGUAUGACGGUCUUUAUCCUCCUCCUUGUCUCCUAUGGAAUCAUUCUAAACUCUCUUAAGUCUCAUAGUGAGGAAGGGAGGCGCAAAGCCCUGUCCACCUGCAGCUCCCACAUCAUAGUGGUUGUCCUCUUUUUUGUUCCCUGUAUUUUCAUGUAUGUUAGACCUGUCUCCAACUUUCCUAUUGAUAAAUCCCUAACUGUAGUUUAUACAGUUAUCACCCCCAUGUUGAAUCCUUUAAUAUAUACUCUGAGAAAUGCGGAGAUGAAAAACAGUAUGAAAAAACUUUGGUGUGAAAGAUUAACUAUGGAAAGAUUGAGAAUGUUCCCUCACUGAACACAUACUAAUUCUAACGCUACAAAUAGGCAAUACGUUCUAACAAAGGGUGAUGCAGCAUGC